UAGACAGAGGAGGAGACCGCGCUUGCAUCGGGACUCGCAGACCCGAUCAUCGCCCCCACAGCGCCUCUCCCGGGACUCCAUCAGCCCCCGCGCUCCCCGCAGCGCCCGGGACUUCCCGGCUUGGCCCUGUCCCGAGCUGCGCGCCUGGCUGAUGGCCGGGCGGGCGGGGCACCCGUGCACACAGGCGCGCCCGGGGCGGGGCCUGCGGCCUCCCCGGGGAAGGCCCCGACUGGGGGCGGGAGGCUGGCGGAUAAAAAGCCCCCAGGGCGCCCCGAGAGGCCCGUUAGCGCUGCGCGGCUGUGGCGCCGGCCCAGCCCCAACCUCCGGAUCCAGCCGGUCUCCUGAAGUCACCGUGAUGUGGCCCCCACCAGCCACCUUCUCUCUGUUCCUGCUGCUGCUGCUGCUGGACCAGGCCCCUCCCUGCAGGCUGCAGUCCUCAGGCACCAAGAAGCUCAGGCUGGUGGGUCCAGCGAACAGGCCAGAGGAAGGCCUGGAGGUGCUGCACCAGGGCCAGUGGGGCACUGUGUGUGAUGACGACUUCGCGCUCCAGGAGGCUACUGUAGCCUGCCGACAACUGGGCUUUGAGUCAGCCUUGACCUGGGCACACAGUGCCAAGUACGGCCAAGGGGAGGGCCCCAUCUGGCUGGACAAUGUGCGUUGUUUGGGCACCGAGAACACCCUGGACCAGUGUGGAUCUAACGGCUGGGGUGUCAGUGACUGCAGACACUCAGAAGAUGUUGGGGUGGUAUGCCACCCACAGCGCCAGCGUGGCUACUACUCUGAGAAGGUCUCCAAUGCCCUCGGGCCCCAGGGCCGGCGGCUGGAAGAGGUACGGCUCAAACCCAUCCUCGCCAGUGCCAAAAGGCACAGCCCCGUGACCGAGGGGGCUGUGGAGGUGCGUUACGAGGGCCACUGGAGGCAGGUGUGUGACCAGGGCUGGACCAUGAACAACAGCCGGGUUGUGUGCGGGAUGCUGGGCUUUCCCAGCCAGGUACCUGUCAACAGCCACUACUACAGAAAAGUCUGGAAUCUGAAGAUGAAGGACCCCAAGUCUAGGCUGAACAGUCUGACAAAAAAGAAUUCCUUCUGGAUUCAUCGGGUUGACUGUCUGGGGACAGAGCCCCACUUGGCCAAGUGCCAGGUACAGGUGGCUCCAGGAAGGGGCAAGCUUCGGCCAGCCUGUCCAGGGGGCAUGCACGCUGUGGUCAGCUGUGUGGCAGGGCCCCACUUUCACCCCCAGAAGCCGAAGCCCAGGCACAAGGAGUCCCGUGCAGAGCAGGAGCUGAAGGUGCGCCUGCGCUCUGGGGCUCAGGUGGGUGAGGGCCGUGUGGAAGUGCUCCUGAACCGGCAGUGGGGCACAGUCUGUGACCACAGGUGGAACCUCAUCUCAGCCAGCGUCGUGUGUCGUCAGCUCGGCUUUGGCUCUGCCCGCGAGGCCCUUUUUGGGGCCCAGCUGGGCCAAGGCUUAGGACCCAUCCACCUGAGUGAGGUACGCUGCAGGGGGUACGAGCAGACCCUCAGUGACUGCCUUGCCCUGGAAGGGUCACAGACUGGUUGUCAACAUGCAAAUGACGCUGCUGUCAGGUGCAACAUCCCUGACAUGGGCUUCCAAAAUCAGGUGCGCUUGGCUGGUGGGCGCAACCCCGAAGAGGGAGUGGUGGAGGUGCAGGUGGAGGUGAAUGGCGUCCCACGCUGGGGGACCGUAUGCAGUGACCACUGGGGGCUCAUGGAAGCCAUGGUGACCUGCCGACAACUUGGUCUGGGAUAUGCCAACUUCGCGAUCCAGGACACCUGGUACUGGCAGGGGACACCAGAGGCUAAAGAGGUGGUGAUGAGCGGAGUUCGCUGCUCGGGCACAGAGCUAGCCCUUCAGCAGUGUCAGAGACACGGGCCUGUGCACUGCUCCCACGGCCCGGGGCGCUUCUCGGCUGGAGUCGCCUGCAUGAACACCGCUCCAGACCUUGUGAUGAACGCCCAGCUGGUACAAGAGACGGCCUACUUGGAGGAUCGUCCGCUCAGCAUGCUGUACUGUGCCCACGAGGAAAAGUGCCUCUCCAAGUCUGCUGACCACAUGGACUGGCCCUACGGACACCGGCGCUUGCUGCGCUUCUCCUCCCAGAUCUACAACCUUGGCCGGGCCGACUUCCGUCCCAAGGCUGGACGCCACAGCUGGAUUUGGCACCAGUGCCACAGGCACUACCACAGCAUCGAAGUCUUCACCCAUUACGACCUGCUCACACUCAAUGGCUCCAAAGUGGCCGAGGGGCACAAGGCCAGCUUCUGUCUAGAAGACACCAACUGCCCCACAGGAGUGCAGCGGCGUUAUGCGUGUGCCAACUUUGGGGAACAGGGGGUGGCUGUAGGUUGCUGGGACACGUACCGCCAUGACAUCGAUUGCCAGUGGGUGGAUAUCACAGAUGUUCGGCCAGGGGACUAUAUCUUCCAGGUGGUCGUGAACCCCACCAACGAUGUGGCAGAGUCAGAUUUCUCCAACAACAUGUUACGCUGCCGCUGCAAGUAUGACGGGCAGCGAGUGUGGCUGCACAACUGCCAUACAGGAGAUUCCUACCGACCCAAUGCAGAGCUCUCCCUAGAGCAGGAACAGCGACUCAGGAACAACCUGAUCUGACGCCACUGCUGCACACUCCCAGCUCUGCUUACACACCAGAUACCUCAGCUUAUUGGAGCCAUGCCCGUCACAGAGCCCUGACUCACAGGACAAGGGGCCAGUGACAAGGAGCACCAAGAACCUGCUCAGGAAGCCUUUUGAUGGCCAACCACCACCUGGAUGGCAGCACUCUCAGGAUGGCUCUGGACCUCCUCCAAGUGGCUCUGGCCAGCUAAGCCUUCUCUUCCUUAAGGGACUUAAUCGAUCUUAAAAUCGGAUGCACGGUUCCCAGUUUCAGGAGCUCUAAGUUCCUUGGGGUGAACUGUGGCCAAGGCCCCCUCUAAGUGUUGCUUUGCAAACAUUUUGGAGGAGCAGAGGACCGAGGACCAAAGAACACAAGAAGUGGAGUCAGUUCUCCGUUACAAGCUCUGUGCAAAAUAACCAUGUCAAAGUCACAGCUGGCAGAGAAGUUGGUGACUGCAGUCCCUCACCUUAUCCCCACUCAGAACUCAUGUCUCACCCUCUGAAGCCUCUCCUUCAUUCUGUCACACACAGAAGUGUUUCUAAUACCUCUGAACCCUCAGGCCUCCCUCCAUUUCCAGAUGGAUCAGCAUCUCUAAUUACUGGGACUGGGGUGGGAGGCAAGUUUCACAGAAGUAGCAAGACAGAGUAGCAAGAGAUCAAGAGGACAGCUGAGGUCACAUAAACUCAGUCUGUCAGGAUCUCUGCCAAAAGAGACGACAGUAUGUUCCACAUCUGGCAGGCAGUCCAGUCUCUUUUAGAAUCACCCACAUCGCAGGGUUAGCCUAAACUUCAGAUUUCACCAAGGCCACUUCACCUUAAACAAACUUCUGCAAUUGGGAGGAAGCUGGCCAAUCAAGCCACUCCGCAGGAACAAGAAGACAGGUCUGGGAGAGUUAGGGAAAGAAGACUGGGGAAAGCAGAAGUGAAAAGGAACACUUCGUCAAGGACCGAGCAUGGGAAAGACCACCAUCCGUGUGUGAGGUGGCUGUGCUCCGUUCCUGCUCAGGUGAUGUAAGUCCCCAGGGUGGUCGUGGGCAUGUCUGGACAUUUUCUCCAAUGACAUGCACACCGAUGAUCCUUCUAGGUCUCUAGAAUACCAAUAAAGUUUGCUCACUAUGGACUGCUACAAAGACCAGACCAGCAGUGCUUCUGUAGCUUCAGUACAUAGCACUCACUCCACCCUCGUCCCUCCAGAGCUGGCCAAGGAUGCACAGAACAGAUUCCUUGGGACAGCCCACCCCAGUCUGUUUCUCCAGUCAGAUACCAACCUGCUUUACAAUUACCCUCCCAAGGCUCAGCACUCAAACUAGGGUCAGAAAGGUUGAGAGGUGAUGGGGAGGAAUGAGAAAGUACAAUCCAAAGACCGUAAACUUUUACAAUAGAGGCUACAAAACAAA